AUGGCAACCCCCAACAACACUGGUAUCAGCCACUCGCUCUUCAUUCUUCUGGGCAUCCCUGGCCUGGAAGACCAGCACACAUGGAUCUCUCUCCCCUUCCUUAUUUUCUAUCUUGUUGCUGUUCUUGGGAAUAGCCUCCUUGUCUUCAUUGUCAUCACUGAACGCAGCCUCCAUGAACCCAUGUACCUCUUCCUCUGCAUGCUGGCUGUGGCUGACCUCAUCCUGUCUACUACCACUGUGCCCAAAGCUCUGGCCAUAUUCUGGUUCCAUGCUGGGGAGAUCUCCCUUGAUGGCUGUGUCACCCAAAUCUUCUUCAUCCACGCCACCUUCAUUGCUGAAUCGGGAAUUCUGUUGGCCAUGGCAUUUGACCGCUAUGUGGCCAUCUGUGACCCACUGCACUAUACUACAGCGCUCAGUCAUGCAGUAAUCAUGAGAGUUGGCCUGGCUGUGGUCCUGAGAAGCUUCUCUGUGAUACUCCCAGAUGUGUUCCUGGUGAAGAGACUGCCUUUCUGCCGUAGCAAUGUGCUACCACAUACCUACUGUGAGCACAUGGCUGUUGCCAAGUUGGCUUGUGCUGAUAUUCGUGUCAAUGUCUGGUAUGGCUUGUCUGUCCUUCUCUCUACUGUAGUGCUAGAUGCCUUUCUCAUCUUGGUUUCCUACACCCUCAUCCUCAAUGCAGUCUUCCGCCUUCCUUCCCGAGGAGCUUGGCAAAAGGCCCUGGGCACGUGUGGCUCCCACUUCGGGGUCAUUUCCAUGUUCUACUUGCCCGGCAUUUUUACGAUAAUUACCCAGCGGUUUGGGCAUCAUGUUCCUCUCCAUACUCACAUUCUGCUGGCCAAUGUCUGCAUGUUAUCCCCUCCCAUGCUGAACCCUGUCAUUUACGGUGUCAAGACCAGGCAGAUUCGAGAGCAUGUGGUCAGUACUUUGUCUUCACAGUGGAAAUUCUGCUGA